CCUAUUUCAGAGUCUAUAAUUGUUUGUUUUUUUAUCAGGGUUUUUUCAUACCUUAUCUUUAUGUUCCCACAGAUACAUUUUACAACUGACUUGCGCCUCAAGGCGGAACAUUGGGUUAUAAACUCAUUCAAACUCAUAUCUCAAACUCAUAAACUCAUAUUCAUCACACAAAUUGUGAUACCUGUGGUAUUUCCUGUUGUUGUUGACUUCUGAGCCAUGGCUUUUUCUGACCUGCUGGAGCAGGUUGGCAGCACAGGGCGCUUCCAGGUCGUGCAUGUCACCCUGUUGAGUAUGCCCAUCCUGAUGAUGGCCAGCCAUAACCUGCUGCAGAAUUUUGUGGCCGCUGUGCCACCGCACCACUGCGCCCCCCACGCCAACAUUUCAAUGUCCUCCAUGAGUGCUAGGGACGUGCUGCGGGCCACUGUGCCCUUGGGCACAAACGGCAAACUGGAACACUGCAAACGCUACGCACAUCCUCAAUGGCAGCUUCUGAGCAGCAACAGUUCAGAGAUCCUAUGGGAAGAGGGUGUGGAAGAGAUAGAGAUGCAGAGCUGUGAGGAUGGAUGGUACUACAACACGACAGAAAUGAGUUCAACUAUCAUUACUGAGUGGGAUUUGGUUUGUGACCAGCGUGCCCUAAAGCAAAUGAGUCAAACUACCUAUAUGGGAGGCGUCCUUGUGGGAGCAGUACUUUUUGGGGGACUUUCUGACAGGUUUGGCCGGCGUGUUUUAUUGUUGAUCUCUAACCUGAUGAUGGCGGUUGGAGGAACAUGUGCUGCCUUCUCCACCUCCUUCACCAUGUUUUGCAUAUUCCGUGUUUGCUGUGGCAUGGCCCUGUCUGGUUUGGUGCUCAACUCCUUCUCUCUAAUUGUGGAAUGGAUCCCCACGCGUGUGCGGACGGUGGUGGGCACAGGAACGGGCUACUGCUACACCACAGGCCAGCUGACCCUGGCAGCCGUCGCUUACUGCAUCAGAGACUGGCGCUGGCUCACACUGGCCGUCUCUCUGCCUUUCUAUGUGUCCUUCCUCUACUCAUGGUGGUUCUUAGAGUCUGCUCGGUGGCUGGUCCUGACCAAGAGAUCAGAGCAGGCAGUAAAAAACCUCAAAACGGUGGCUCGCAUAAAUGGACGGCAUGCAGAAGCUGACAAAAUCAACCUUGAGAUGUUGCAAGAGUCCAUGAAGAAGGAGAUGGCCUGUUCAAAGGGGUCUUACAGCGCUCUAGACCUCCUGCGCACAUCCUCAAUGAGAACCAUCACUGUGUGCCUCAGCGCAGUCUGGUUCUCAACCAGCUUCGCCUACUACGGCCUCUCCAUGGAUCUGCAGAAAUUUGGGGUCAGCAUUUACCUUAUCCAGAUCAUCUUUGGAGCGGUGGAUAUACCAGCCAAAAUCUUGGUUACGAUAUCCAUGAGCAUGUUAGGACGAAGACCAUCUCAGUGCGGAGCUCUUGUACUGGCUGGUGUAAUCAUACUCAUUAAUCUUCUGGUGCCUCAUUCUGUAAAACACAUUCCAAAGUAUGCAUGA